GUGUCCCCUCUGGGCCCCGAAAUGUCAUCUCCAUUGUCAACGAGACGUCCAUCAUCCUGGAGUGGCACCCACCUCGGGAGACAGGGGGCAGGGACGACGUCACCUACAACAUCGUCUGCAAGAAGUGCCGGUCGGACCGUCGGGCCUGCUCCCGCUGUGAUGACAACGUGGACUUUGUCCCCAGGCAGCUGGGGCUGACAGAGACCCGGGUCUUCAUCAGCAGCCUGUGGGCACACACGCCCUACACCUUCGAGAUCCAAGCUGUCAACGGGGUGUCCACCAAAAGCCCCUUCCCCCCGCAGCACGUCUCCGUCAACAUCACCACCAACCAAGCCGCACCUUCCACCGUCCCCAUCAUGCACCAGGUGAGUGCCACGAUGAGGAGCAUCACUCUCUCCUGGCCUCAGCCUGAGCAGCCCAACGGCAUCAUCCUGGACUACGAGAUCCGCUACUACGAGAAGCUGAGCCGCAUCUGCACCCCCGACACCAGCACCCCCGUGGGCUCCAGGCCCCCAGCGGACCACAACGAGUACAACUCCUCCAUGGCCCGCAGCCAGACCAACACAGCCAGGAUUGAGGGGCUACGCCCGGGCAUGGUCUACGUGGUGCAGGUUCGGGCCCGCACCGUGGCCGGCUAUGGCAAGUACAGUGGGAAGAUGUGCUUCCAGACCCUGACUGAUGAUGACUACAAGUCGGAGCUGAGGGAGCAGCUGCCGUUGAUCGCAGGGUCUGCAGCAGCUGGGGUGGUCUUCAUUGUCUCCUUGGUGGCCAUCUCCAUCGUCUGCAGCAGGAAGCGUGCCUACAGCAAGGAGGCCGUGUACAGUGACAAGCUGCAGCACUACAGCACUGGGAGAGGGUCCCCAGGGAUGAAGAUCUACAUCGACCCCUUCACCUAUGAGGACCCCAACGAGGCUGUCCGAGAGUUCGCCAAGGAGAUCGACGUCUCCUUUGUGAAAAUUGAAGAAGUCAUUGGAGCAGGGGAGUUUGGAGAAGUGUAUAAAGGACGCCUGAAGUUGCCUGGCAAGAGGGAGAUCUACGUGGCCAUCAAAACCCUCAAGGCUGGCUACUCGGAGAAGCAGCGCCGGGACUUCCUGAGCGAGGCCAGCAUCAUGGGGCAGUUUGACCACCCCAACAUCAUUCGGCUGGAAGGGGUGGUGACCAAGAGCCGACCAGUCAUGAUCAUCACUGAGUUCAUGGAGAAUGGAGCCCUGGACUCGUUCUUGAGGCAAAACGAUGGGCAGUUCACUGUGAUCCAGCUGGUGGGAAUGCUCCGAGGGAUUGCUGCAGGGAUGAAGUACCUGGCAGAGAUGAAUUACGUGCACAGAGAUCUGGCUGCCAGGAACAUCCUGGUCAACAGCAACCUGGUGUGCAAAGUGUCGGACUUUGGGCUCUCGCGCUACCUGCAGGAUGAUACCUCUGACCCCACCUACACCAGCUCCUUGGGGGGGAAGAUCCCCGUCAGGUGGACGGCCCCGGAGGCCAUCGCCUACCGCAAGUUCACCUCGGCCAGCGACGUCUGGAGCUACGGCAUCGUCAUGUGGGAGGUGAUGUCGUUUGGGGAGAGACCCUACUGGGACAUGUCCAACCAAGACGUGAUCAACGCCAUCGAGCAGGACUACAGGCUCCCACCACCCAUGGACUGCCCAGCUGCCCUGCACCAGCUGAUGCUGGACUGCUGGCAGAAGGACCGCAACACCCGCCCCCGCUUCGCCGAGAUCGUCAACACCCUCGACAAGAUGAUCCGCAACCCGGCCAGCCUCAAAACUGUGGCUACCAUCACCGCUGUGCCUUCUCAGCCCCUCCUCGACCGUUCCAUCCCCGACUUCACUGCCUUUACCUCAGUGGACGACUGGCUGAGUGCUGUGAAGAUGAGCCAGUACAGGGACAGCUUCCUGACUGCUGGCUUCACCUCCCUGCAGCUCGUCGCCCAGAUGACGUCUGAAGACCUCCUGAGAAUAGGGGUGACUUUGGCUGGACACCAGAAGAAGAUCCUCAACAGUGUUCAGUCCAUGCGAGUACAGAUGAGCCAGUCUCCGACCUCGAUGGCAUGAUGUCCCUCAUCCAACGGGGAGGGGAUGGGGGAGGGCAGGCAGCAGAGGGGGCAGAGGUGGGAGGGGAGGAACUGAUGGGUGCCAGGGGGCAGCCUUUGGAGAGGUGCCACCGCUGCCUGGGCACCGGGACCCCCCCAGAUGAAGGAUGUUCCUGGGACUCAUCUCGAACCGGUGACUUCCGUUCCUCGCCAACAGAAGCACACUUAGCAAUGUCAUGGGGAACAGUGUAUAAAUGCAUAUAAAUAUGUACAAAUGGUAUAUUUAAAAGAGAAAAAAACA